AUGAUAUCUAUUAAAUUAAUUUCUCAAGAAAGUACAGCUCCCCCAGAAACUCCUUGGACCCAAUACAAGAAACCUUUUUACAAUAUUCGCAAUAUUUUUGAAACAAAAUCAAAUUCAACUUCCUAUUCCACAUUUACAAAUACACCAUUUUCACCAACGUCAAGCCAAGCAAAUGAAACCUCCCUUUUUAGUACUGAUCACCAUCAAUCACACCCGGACCUACCUCAUCUGAUGGCAAAAGAUUUAAAUCCCGAAAUUGCAAAUAAUUUGAGUUUGGAGGUGUACGAUAGACCAUGUCACGCUGCCCUGAUGUUUGAUUUGAGUUCUUUAGGGUCCUUCAAUAUUGAUUUUGAAUCAUUAAGUUUAGAUUUUGAUAACGAUUUUAUAUCUUCUAGUUCAAUCUUGGAAGGGAAUAUUAUCCAACAACCACAGCCCAUCAAGCGGUAUGAUCUGGAACCAACUGUGAAAGCCGGGGAUUUUCAUGAUCGUCUGCAUCGUGGACCAUCUACUAUGUAUCUUGAAGAAGAAGAAAAUGAAGAUUCCGAAGAAGAAGAAUUUGAUGAUACGGUGUCAGGAUCCAUUAUGGAAUCAUACAAAGAAUUAUCACUUAUGGAAAGAAUUUUUGGGAUGUUCAAAACCAGAAAAUUCAAAGACACUGGAAGCUAUUUAACAACUACGACAUUAAAAAUCCCAUUAAAUACUGGUUCACCUUCUAGUUCCAAGAAGCUGCAAUUGUCUCCCAAAUAUUUUUCGCCCCCGCCACCAAAGCCAGCACAACAAGGAGAGGAAGCUCAGCCACCAAUUGAUAUAUCCAUAUUUGGGCUGAAUUCAGAGGAGUCGAGCAUGUACGAAAGUACAAAUAUCAAGUUUGAAAAUAAUGCCGAUAUGAUAAUAUAUCAUGACUCUCCACUUAUUUCCACCAAUAACUCCAGAUUCUCAGAAAUUGUUGAUAAAAAAUACCCUGGGAUAAGACGAUUCGCAUCAGUUAACAAACCAAGGAGAAGGAUUUCAUUCAGUAGUCUUUCAAAAAGUCUUACAUUCCCUCGAUUCCGUUCUAAAAAGGAGAUGAUGGAAAGAUCAUUAUCAUUACCUAAAAAGUUUGGCUUGAGAAGAAGCAAUACAGAAAUAAUGGCAGGUUCUUUAAGGAAUGGCAAAACCAAGCUUCCAAACAAAUCAAUCCUUAAGUCGAAAAUUAACCAAAAUUUGGAGAUGGAAACAAUGAAUAGUAUGAGAGAUGACUCCAUCAAUUUCGAUGAAUUUUUACAAAAUUUCGAAAAUUGUGAACAAGAAAAAUGUGCUAAGGAACCCACUUUGAAUUCUUUGCGUUUUGAACAAGUCAAAAAUUACUAUAAUAAUUACGGGCAGUAG